GCAUGGAGAGGCCACGAUGGGAUAUAUCUGGAUUUUAUUCACGAUUCAUAUUCUGCAACUCAUUUUAACAGGUUGGGCUAAGCCAAUCAUCAUCCCAGAGGAUCCAGAGGUGGUGGUUCUGAAGGGCAAUCGAUUGCAGCUCACCUGCCGCGAUGAGGGUUUCGAGGUGAAGUGGCAACGGGAGAAGGGGCGCAGGACAGAGGGUGUCACUGAAGAAGGGGGCGCAGCCGUUAUAACCCUGGGGUCUGCACAGGACCACCACAUGGGACGCUACACCUGCCGAAACACAGAAACACAGGAGGCCAGCUCCAUAUAUGUUUAUGUAAAAGAUUACGCGAACGCGUUUGCUCGCUCCAUGGUAAAUGACUUGCUUGUACGCGAGGGGGAUUCCUGCACGGUGCCUUGCUUGGCUACAGACCCCGCGGUCACUGACCUGCGCCUUCACUCCUGCGAUGGCCCGCCUCUCCCCCUGGGCACCUACACUGUCAAGCCCCAGCGAGGCAUCGUGAUAAACAAAAUCAGGAGAGAGCAGGAGGGUUGUUAUGUCUGUGUGGGGAGGCUCGGAGAGCUCGUGGUCAGAUCCAGCCAGUACAACGUCGAAGUACGACUAGUUCCUCAGAGGCCCCCAAACAUCAGCCUGUCAAGGACAGAGAAUGCAAUUCUCACUGAAGGACAAAGCUUUGAGUUGGUUUGCAAUGCUGACAAUGUGAACUAUGACUUAAGUGUGAAGUGGAUCUGCCCUGAUGCUACGACGGCAGUUGAGACUCGGACAUCCCACAUCCAACGUGGUUCCCGUGGUUACCAGCGCUCAGCAACACUGAAAAUUGCCUCAGCAGCAGCGAGAGACUCUGGGGCGUAUCGCUGUGAAGCUCAGAAUGAGAAAGGAGUCAACAGCGCAUCCAUACAUUUGGAUGUAUAUGUGCGAGGCUUCAUUAACCUGACUGAGUCCCCAGUGAAUGAGCUGCAUGUGCGUGAGGGAGCGAGCCUGACACUUCGGGCAGAGCUGGAGGCCUACCCCACCCCCAACAUCCUUGCAUGGGCACACCAGGGACAAGUCCUCCACAACACCUCAGAGCACGUCAUCACCAUACAGAAACGGCAGUACAGGUAUACCAGUGAGCUCAGGCUGGUACGUGUCCAUGGAUACGAGGGAGGCAUCUACACUUUCCUUGCCAGCCACAACGAUGACUCAGCCAAUCGUUCAUUUUCAGUUCACGUCACCUGUAAACCUAUGAUUGUGUCCCAGGAGGGUCCAGUAGAUGGGAAAGUGCGUUGUGUAGCAUCUGGAUACCCUGCCCCUAAAAUCUCCUGGUACUACUGUGAGUCUCCUCACACCAGGUGUUCGCUGCUGGCUAACGCCACAGAGGAGGAGGAUGAUGUCGCCAUGGUGACAGUUUCGGGAACGGGCUACGGGCGAAGUCUAGUGGAGAGUCGGCUUAACGUUAGCCAAGGGCCUCACCGGAGCCUGGAGUGUGUGGCUUCUGCGAAGGGAGGAGAGCAAGCGUACGCACUGUUCUCCCUAAGUGAGAACACAGUUCCACACAGACUCUUCACUCCUCUGCUGACUGGGGUUGUGUGUGCUGCAGUCGGGCUCAGUUUGAUAUUAGUGGUGCUCCUGUACAAAUAUCUGCAGAAACCCAAAUAUCAAAUUCACUGGAAGGUCAUAGAGAGCAUCCACGGGAACAACUAUAUUUACAUAGACCCCACCCAGCUGCCUUAUGACCAGAAGUGGGAGUUCCCUCGGGAGAGACUUCGGUUUGGUAAGGUUUUAGGAUCUGGUGCCUUUGGUAAAGUGGUACAGGCAACAGCCUAUGGACUUCGCUCCCCAGACUCCGUCACGACUGUUGCAGUAAAAAUGCUGAAGCCGAGUGCCCACUCCACUGAGAAAGAGGCCCUCAUGUCAGAGCUGAAAGUUCUCAGUUACCUGGGAAACCAUGUCAACAUUGUGAACUUGCUGGGAGCGUGCACCCAAGGAGGUCCAACAUUGGUGAUUACGGAGUACUGUUGUUAUGGGGAUCUGCUCAGUUUCCUAAGGCGGAAGAAGGAAGAGUUUUUCAGUUUGAAAACAGGCGAUGGCUACUACAAGAACCUCCUGAGCCGGCCCCAGCCCAUGAGGGAUGGGAAUGGUAAUGGCUACAUGCCGAUGAGGACGCACCAGAGGAAGCCUAACCUCUCAGAAUGCUGUGGAGACAAGGAGGACCUGUCGCUGGAUACGGAGGAUCUCCUCAGUUUCUCCUAUCAGGUUGCCAAAGGCAUGGACUUCCUCACCUGUAAAAACUGUAUCCACAGAGACCUGGCAGCCAGGAACAUUCUGCUCACCAAAGGCAGGGUGGCCAAGAUCUGUGACUUUGGUCUGGCCCGUGACAUUGCCAGUGACUCCAACUACGUGCUGAGGGGCAAUGCUCGUCUUCCGGUCAAGUGGAUGUCUCCAGAAAGUCUCUUUGAGGGGAUCUACACAUUCGAGAGCGAUGUCUGGUCAUAUGGCAUUCUACUCUGGGAGAUUUUCUCUCUGGGUACCAGCCCUUACCCGGGGAUUCAUGUGGGCGCCGGCUUCUACAAGUUGAUUCAGGAUGGAUACAGAAUGAACGAGCCAGAAUUUGCACCCAGUGAAAUCUAUGAGGUGAUGAGGUGUUGCUGGAACAUGGACCCCUUAAAAAGACCCCCCACCAAGAAACUGGUGGAGAAGACGGAAUCCCUUCUCUCGGAGCACACCAGACAUGAGUACCUGAACCUGAUGAGAAGUAGCAGUGGCACCAGAGGGGUGGCUCCCCAGGGCAUACAGCAGGGGGAACCCACCCCAAGACUGAGCUCUGUCAGCAGCACCACUGCCCCGACCAUGCCCCUGCUGUCCAGCUCCGACGUCUUCCUCGAGUAUGAGACCGUCUAAGCACUCUGACCUAGACUGCACUCUGACCUAGACUACCCUCUGCCCGUCAGCAGACCCCUUGUUCUGCAAUCUGCAAUCCCCUCCGCUAAGUGCAAAACCUCCUGCGCCUUUCUCCUAGGCCCAGUGAUAGCUAGUCGUAUUACUGCGAGCGAUAGCAUGGCCCAGCCCACUCUUGGCCGUGGUGCAGAAAUAUGCAAUGCUACCUCUCCCUGGAUGACAUUCAGCGGUAGUUUGUACUUAGAAAUAAUGCAUUUGGUGUUGUGUCUGUGCUAUUAAAUUCGCCCCACCAGCACCUCAAGCUUUGCCUUAAGAUGUGCAGUUGCAGCUCUAAGAAUACUAUCCAUCCAGUCUGUACUCGUCAAUGGUCUGUGAGAGUGAAGCUACUGUAUCUGUCUACAGCUGCUUACUAACACCAAGUUUUGUCAUCUUCAAGCAGCUGCAGCUUUAACACUGCUCACAUGACUUUCAUCAGUGUUCUAUUUUUAAACCAACCUCAGUAUCUGCCUAUUUUUUUACUUGCUGUUCUAACAUUUUAGUGUUGUGUACCUCUUGAGGCUUGCAAUACUCCCCCCCCACCCCACCCUACCUAUGGUCAAGGGAUAAGAAUGCCUUUUGAGUUUCCUUUAAGUGUGGCUGCUGGACUCUAUUUCACUAUAUUGAUUAGUGCGGUAUUUCGGGUGCGGGGGGAAGCUGAGCCAGCAAGAUGUGAAACAUAUUGUCCAUUAUGUGAUAGGUGGAAAACAACAUCUGGGCCACGGAUCAGUCGAUGAGGAGAGAGAGGAGGGCGACCUUGGCUGCUGUUAUUUAUCACCAUAGAAAUGUGACGUCAUCUCUUCAUUUCAUUUUGCCCUUGUUCAUAGACCAAACUCUGUGUAGCCCGAUAGGGAUUUUUUUUUUGUACAGUACAAAUGUUAACAUAAUGUCCACGGAUGGUCUAAAGGGUGUUGUACAUAUUUGAAAGUAAAGUUUUACAGUUUUAUGUGUAUACGAGAAGAAUUCAUGCAAAAGUGAUGUGCUGUAGUUCAGCAGUGCAUGUUUCAAACAGAAUAUGUUUUGGUUGAAAAGUUUUGCAGUUUUGAUACAAGGGUGAGAUUGAAUA